UUCGUAUUCACGAUUUAAUUCACUGUAUCUUUGUCGGUCCAAAUCAUCCCGAAAAGCUCGUUAUCUAAUUUCCUCUGGGUAUUUUAUAUAUAUAUAUAUAUAUAUAUACACUCCCGCACCGCGAAUCCAAUUCCAGGGUUCCGGCAUCAAGCGGAAACCGUAACUACCUAGAGACCUCCCCACAAAUCCAGCUCAAUUUUCCUCCGAUCACCCGAAGCUUCCGGAUCCUGGGGAGAUUAGAGGGACGAGGCGUUUCCAAAGGAGCAAGGCCCUGCUUUUUGUUCACAAAUUUCAUUCGCUUCUUUCAAUCCGAAGCUCAGCAGGUGUCCGUCUCGAUCCAUUUCACCCAGCUCUGCGCCUAGGGUUUGGAGGCGAUGUGCUACGUGGAUGUUGAUGUGUUUUUCUGAUUAUCGGAGGAAUUCGGGUUUUCAGAUUCUCGCAUUUAAACUUGAUGUUCCCUUGAAAAGAUGGAAUGUUGUGACGUUUUGAGACGAGGCAUUAAGAUUUGAUCUUGGGGAUCGUGAGAUGUACCAGCGCGCGGACACGGGUGCCACGCUGGGUGGGGUGGCGACGGACGCCGGAGAUGUGGUGGUGACGCUCGAUCAAGUGCCGAGGUGGAGCGAUGCGGACCAGCGAGCCUACGGCGUUGGGGACCCCGAUCCUUCGUCGCCCUUUUCCUACUUUUCGGAUCCUCUCACUUCGUCUUCGGGAGCUGAGACCGGGGGUAAUGGGGUGGUCUCGAGGUUUCCUGUGGAUCAUGAAAUCAAUUCGAUGAUAUAUCUGUGGCGUGGAAACCCGUGGAAUCUUGAGGUUGAUGCUGUUGUAAAUUCUACUAAUGAGAGCCUGGAUGAAGCACAUAGCAGCCCUGGUUUGCAUGCCGCUGCUGGACCCGGUCUUGCAGAAGAAUGUGCUACAUUGGGUGGAUGUCGAACUGGAAUGGCAAAAAUGACCAAUGCAUAUGAUCUCCCUGCUAGAAAGGUUAUUCAUACUGUUGGUCCUAAGUAUGCUGUCAAGUAUCAUACUGCUGCUGAGAACGCACUUAGCCACUGCUGUCGUUCUUGCUUGGAGCUUCUUAUUGAGAGUGGACUUCAUAGCAUUGCCAUGGGCUGUAUAUAUACAGAGGCAAAGAACUAUCCUCGCGAGCCAGCUGCACAUGUUGCAAUAAGGACUGUCAGGCGGUUUCUGGAGAAGCAGAAGGAUAAAAUAACUGCAGUUGUUUUUUGUACUACCACAUCAUCUGAUACAGAAAUAUAUAAAAGAUUACUUCCACUUUACUUCCCUAGGGAUGAGCAUGAAGAAGAGAUUGCAGUGUCUAAGCUUCCAGCAGAUGUCGGAGAUGAGAAUGGUGAGACAGUAAUAGAUGAACGAAAGAUCAGAAUAAAACCAUUGCCUGCAGUGUCAGUGUCUGUUCCAAAACCUUCAGCAGUCCCAGUUGAUUCUCCUGUUGCUGAUGUUGGAUUGACAGCGAGACGGAAUUCUUUCAAGUUAGAUUCAUAUCUGGAUCCUGCAUUUAUGUCAUUGAUUAAGGACCCGGAUCAGCGAAGGAUGGAGCAGUGGGAAAAAGCGACCCAAGUACAAAGUGGAUUUAGUUGUGGUAAGCUGUUGGGAUUUGGUGAUCUAGGUGGCCCUCCGUUAUCUGCAGCCGACGAGUACUCACUUCAUUCCAGAUAUCUUGCCAAAGCAAAUUCUCUUAAUCUUUCAGAGAUUGGUGAAAUGAAAAUUGUUUUUCGCGGUGGAGUAGACAGUGAGGGACAUCCUGUAAUGGUUGUGGUAGGAGCUCACUUUCUUUUACGGUGUCUUGAUUUGGAACGGUUUGUUCUCUAUGUAGUGAAGGAGUUUGAGUCCCUGAUCCAGAAGCCUUACACGAUUGUCUAUUUUCAUUCCGCAGCAAACUUACAAUUGCAACCAGAUCUAGGGUGGAUGAAGCGUUUGCAGCAGAUACUUGGUCGAAAACACCAGCGUAAUCUCCAUGCCAUUUAUGUUCUCCAUCCAACCUUGGGGCUGAGGGCUGCAAUCUUUGCUUUGCAGCUAUUUGUUGACGGAGAAGUGUGGAAAAAAGUUGUAUAUGUUGAUCGACUUUUGCAGCUGUUCAGAUAUGUGCCUCGUGAGCAGUUGACUAUUCCUGACUUCGUGUUUCAACAUGAUCUUGAGGUGAAUGGAGGGAAGGGUCAAAUUGUUGAUCCAAGAACAAAGCAUGUCUACCAAAGGCCCUCUGCGUGACCUCCUGGUUUUCUUGUAUAUUCAGUGUCUCUUUCGAUCAUUGUCCAUGUAAAAGGCAAUUUCCCCAUCUCCUGACAUCUAGUUUCGGAAGUUGGAAUUAUUUGAUUGGAUUUUCCACAAUGGGAAAGAAAGAACUAGGAAAUAAAUGCUGUGCCAGUCUUAUAUAAAGACAGUGGCUUUCUUA